AUGGGGGAUGACAAGAAAGUUUCAUUGGAUUUCCUAACAUCAGAAGAAAUUAAAUUGAUGAUCAAAAUUUCUGAUCAGAUCACAAACAAAUCGGUCUUUGAAGAAAUUUUAAAAGUGGUUCUCACAAAUUUUGAGGGUGUAUAUCAAGAUUUGAACCUAGCAAAAAGCUUAAACAGCACUACAAGUUUGUCACAUAAUGAAAUCUACACUUUAGCAUCUGGCCUGCAUUCCCUCACUUUGCUCUCAUUCAAAAAUAGCAUGAACAGGAAAGAGAUGUGGGAGCUACUCACAGAGUUGAUGAUGAGGGAUGAACUCAUAUCAACUGUGAUCAGUGCAUUCUAUGGGGAAAGGUUAUUGAAAAAAGAUUUGCAACCUGUCAUCAUACUGAACAUAACACUUAACAAUGGCGAGAACCAAACAUUUCAAGUGUCAUUGAAGAAAUUUCACGAAAUGCGAUGUUUGACAGCCAGUUUGUUGAAAGAGGUGAUCACAUUAGAACGAAACAAGUUGCAGAAGGUUGCAAAUUAG